AUGGCGGACGAAAGCACUCAUUCGAAUGAUAUGAAUGCAAAAAAGAAGUGCACGCGGCCAGGCUGUGGAAAGACAUACGUAGACGCCGAAAAUGAUGAAAGAAGCUGCGUCCAUCACUCUGCAAUGCCAAUUUUCCAUGACGGCGUCAAGAGGUGGCCCUGCUGUGACGGAGAGGCGUGGGACUGGUCUGACUUCAUGGCGAUCAAAGGUUGUACUGCGGGAAAGCAUACCGACGUAAAGCCCGAGAGACCAUCUGCCGUCACUCGUGCUACCCCUGCACCCGUACCUGCAGUUGUGAAAGACAUUGAGGAGUUCAAUCGACAACAGACGGAGGAAGAGGUUGCUAAGAAAAAGCUGAAAGAGGCAGAGGCGCCGGCGCCACAAACCCUCCUGGUGACACCUGCUGGGAACUACAAAUGCUGCAAUAAGGGUUGCAACAAAGAGUAUCCACCGAGUGAAAACUCGCCGACGGCGUGCAAUUUUCAUCCAGGACAACCGGUGUUCAGAGACUGCAUGAAAUCAUGGACGUGCUGUCAAGCAAAAAGCUAUGACUGGGAUGAGUUUAUGAAGAUUCCGCCUUGUCAGACAGGACCUCAUGUCCCAAAAAUGGUACCCCAAUCAUGA